AUGAGAUUGGUUGUAGCUGGAGUUACUGCCUUGGUCGGCCUGGCAGCGGCCCAUGGAAGUCAUGAUCAAACUCCCCUUGCAGGUCCAUACAAAGACAUUUGGUACAAUACCCUCCCAGGUGAUGGAGGCACACAGGCGGACUCGGUAUUCUCUGGAGUAUCCACGUUCGGUCGUCUUCCGUACUCUCCUUGCUUGGCCACCGACGAUGUGCAAUACGAUAUCGCGUUCCUCGGUGCUCCCUUUGAUACUGGAACAUCCUACCGACCUGGUGCACGAUUUGGCCCUAGUGGUAUUAGACAAGGAUCUCGUCGCCUGAAUCUCUAUGGAGGUUACAACGUGCCACUCCAAGCCAAUCCAUUCUCUGGGGCGAUGAAAAUCCUGGAUUGCGGAGAUAUUCCCGUCACCUCGUACGACAAUGCCUGGGCGAUUCAGCAGAUUGAGGAAGGACACAACAGUGUAUUGAUGCGCAGACCUUUCACGGACGCAGACAAACAAGGAAAAUCGCAAGCUGGUAGGACUCUUCCACGAGUCAUCACUUUGGGAGGAGACCACACCAUUACUUUGCCCCUGCUGCGGAGCAUCAACAGAGCUUAUGGUCCAGUGACUGUAAUCCACUUUGAUAGUCAUCUCGACACAUGGAAGCCAAAGGUCUUCGGUGGUUCUCCUAGUGAGGUGGCUGCCAUCAACCACGGGACGUACUUCUACCAUGCUGCCAUGGAAGGACUGCUGAAGAACGAUACAAAUAUUCAUGCUGGUAUUCGCACAACUCUUUCUGGGCCAUCGGAUUAUGAAAAUGAUGGUUAUUGUGGCUUUGAGAUAGUUGAGGCUCGUGAGAUUGAUACUAUUGGUACCGAGGGUAUUAUCAAAAAGAUUCGCGACCGUGUCGGAACCGUGAACCCAGUAUAUCUAUCGAUUGAUAUUGACUCCAUCGACCCUGCUUUCGCACCCGCUACAGGAACACCCGAGACUGGCGGGUGGUCUACUCGUGAACUGAGGUCAAUCAUUCGAGGACUCGACGGUAUCAAUUUUAUCGGCGCGGAUAUUGUUGAGGUCGCACCAGCUUAUGACACCAAUGCUGAAUUGACAACCAUGGCGGCUGCCGACGUGCUUUAUGAAGUUCUCACCAUCAUGACCAAGAACGGGCCCUUAUCAGUUGGUGGCGCGACACAUGAGCUGUGA